AUGGAAUCCUCAGAUUUGUAUACCGCGAAGCAACAGUUCUAUCUCGGCGCGUACAAGUCGCUCGUAAACUCAGCCCUUCCCAGCGAAUCCUCCGACGACUUUAUUCCUAUUUUGGUCUACAAGGCUCGAGCACACCUCGCGCUCGAUGACGCUAAGGGAGCUUUGUCAUUGAUCCCAUCUGCAUACGCCGAGAAUAUCGCCUUGAAAGCCGUCUCUGCGCUCGCCAAAUAUAUUGCUGGCGAUGAUAAUGACGCUGCCCUGGAGGAGUUGCGCGAUCUCUGCGUCGAAGUCGAGGGCGAUGAUACAGAGGCUUCUGCUCAGGAGGCAGGUUGGGUGCGGGUACUGGCAGGCACGGCGUUUGCCCGCGCAGGCGAGGCGGAAGAAGCGAUGGAGACAUUGGGUGCAGGGACGAACACUCAGGAUCUCGAAGCGGUUGCUGUGCUCGCUCAGGUCUAUCUAUCCAUCCAUCGUCCGGACCUCGCACGCAAGGAGUUUGAUCGCGCGAAGAACUGGGCAGAGGACGAUACUCUAUUGCAAUUCAUCGAAGCGGCGAUCGGUCUGGUGACUGGCAAGGACGGCUACUCCGACUCGCACUCGUUCUUCACGGAGCAGCUCGCGAACCCAUCACUUACUUCGCCACACCUGCUCACAUCGCGCGGGAUUGCGCGUCUGCUCCGAGGAGAGGUUGUAGAGGCACGGUCAGAUCUUGAGGAAGCUGUGGCGCAACAGAACGGACAUGAGGAUGCAGAGACCCUUGCUGCGUCUGCAGUCGCGGCUGGUCUGGCACCGAAGAAAACAGAUGCUGAGGAGAUCUGGAGUCGCCUUGCCUCUACAUACCCAUUGCACCCUUUGGUCGAGGACGUGAACACCCGUGCUACGCAGUUCGACGAGUUCGCAUCUAAGUUUACUGUGCCUGCGCUUGCUACUGCUGCGUAG